GCGGCGUUCCCAGGACAACGAAACGCCAAACAACCGAGGGAACCCAGCGACACCCAGGUCACUGCGCAAAUACGCUCAUUUGAAGUUAAUUAAACCUAAGUUGACCAGUAACUAGAAAGCUACGAGGAGUUAAGUCAAGAAGGCGGGAAUCGACGAAAAGCACCGCAAACAUGAGUCGUAACUGGACGUACAACCAGCAGCAGAGGUUGAUGUCUCAGCGGCAGAGUCAGGAGCAGCACAGGCAGCAGGAGCUCCGGCGUGUGGACAGAGAGCGGCAGCUGCAGGCCAGUGUGCGGGGCCAGGAGAGCUCCGAGAGGAGGAGACACCUGCGGCAGGUGCAGGAGGAGCUGAGGGAGAGAGAGAUGGAGAGCGCUCUGAUGAAGGCAGAGGAAGAGAGAAUAAACAGAGAAAAGCAACUUGAACAAGAGGAGAGAAUGGCGAAAGAGCUGGCCCGCAUCAACUAUGAGACGCAAAGAGAAGAGAAAAUGAGGCAGUAUAUUAAAGAGAACAGCAUGGAGCUACGAGAGUUGGAGUCAAAGCUGAAGUCUGCAUAUCUGAAUAAGGAAAGAGCUGCACAGAUUGCUGAGCAGGAAGCUACGAGGUUUGAGACAAUGCGCGAGGAGGCAGACUUUGCUCGCAAGAUGAAGGGUGAACGCGAGCGAACAGCCGCUGAGCAGCAGAGGCUGGAGCAGAAACGCCACGAGGAGCUGGUGCAGUAUCAGAGAGAGCUGGAGCAGCAGCUGAUGGACCAGGAGCGCAAGAGACAAGAGGCGUACAAGGAGUUCCUCAAAGAGAAGCUCCUGGUUGAUGAGAUUAUCAGGAAGAUUUAUGAAGAGGAUCAGAUGGAGAGACAGCUGAAACUGGAGAAAGUCAGAGCCACUCAGCAGCACAUUGAAGAGUUCAAGAGACAGCAGGCCGAGUGGAGACGCAUGGAGCAAGAAAAGAUCGAGGCCGAGAACAGACGCAUCAAGGAGUUUGCGAGCCAACAAGAGCACAUGGAGGAGACCAGAAUGGCUAAGAUCAGAGAGAGAGAAGAAGCAAAGGAGCAUCUUCAUAAAAUACUGUCUGACAAGAUUGAAGAGGAGAAGCAGCAGCGUGAAGAGAUGGAGCGAAUCCGUGAGGAACUUUAUUUAGAAGAACAAGAAGAGGCUAACAGGCAGAGAGAAAUUGAAGAGAUGGAGAAGAAAAUCCGACAGAGGCUGAUGAUGCAGCGGACCUGCCAGGAGCAGAUGGCUUUCAAAGAGAUCCGGAGGCAGGCGGAGAAAGAGGAGGAGGAGGCCUUCAGGAAAAUGAUGAUGGCUAAGUUUGCAGAGGACGAUCGUAUAGAGCAGAUGAACGCCCAGAAACGACGCAUGAAGCAACUUGAGCACAAACGGGAGGUGGAGAAACUGAUAGAAGACAGAGGACGGCAGCGUGAGGCAGAAAUGGAACUGGAGGCUAAAGAAAGAGCGAUUGAGCAGGAGAGGGAGGCGCUGCGUAGACAGAUAGUUGAGGAAGAGAGGCAGCGACUUCUUAAACGUCACGCAACAAAACUCCUUGGAUAUCUUCCAAAGGGCUUACUCCGUGAAGAUGACCUGGAGCACUUUGAUGAAGACUUCAGAAAAAACUUCAAAACGCGUCAAGCAGAUAUCUUCUCUGAAGACGGCUGGGAUGGCGAUGAUUAGAAGUUUGGAGUUGCACACCAUGCUAGUUGUCAGUUUAAGGUUACAGUGAACUAAGUAGUAUUCUUGGUGUGAUAGCACUUGUUUAGCAUUCAGUAACAACACAAUGAUUAGAGACAUUGUUUUAUUAGGACUGUUCUUAUCUUAAUUAAAAUCAUUCCAGAAAAGA